AUGUCUCUACCAAAAACCACACCCGCCUGGGUCGUCGAGGCUAGCAACGCGGACAAGCCAGGCUGGGAGAACUUGAAAUUUGUCAAGGACUAUCCUGUCCCUGAACUCGGCGAGAACGACUGUCUUGUUCAGAUCCAAGCCGUCUCCCUCAACUACAGAGACCUGGUGAUUCCGAAGGGCCAAUAUCCUCUGCCGCUAAAUCUGCCCACUGUUGCAUGCUCGGAUGGCGCAGGUCGGAUCCUGGCCGUCGGCUCCAAGGUGACUCAAUUCGAAGAGGGCGACAAAGUCGUCACACAGUUCACGCAAAAGCACCAGCACGGCGAGCCGACUCCCGAUAUGUUCGACAGUGCCUUGGGCGGCGGCGCACCUGGUACUCUGCGCCAAUACGCCGUCUUUCCAGCAUGGGGCCUCGCUCGAGCUCCGUCAAAUCUAUCUCCCACCGAGGCAGGGACACUAACCUGCGCACCUCUCACGUCAUGGAACGCGCUCUUUGGUUUGCAAUCAAAAGCCGUCCAGCCCGGGGAUGUUGUCCUCACGCAAGGCACUGGCGGUGUCUCGCUCUCAGCUAUACAGUUUGCAAAGACCGCCGGCGCAACUGUCAUUGCCACGACUUCGUCAGACGACAAGGCGAAACGGCUGGAGAAACUCGGCGCAGACAUUGUCAUCAACUACAAAACGGACCCGAACUGGGGAGAGACAGCGAAGAGGCUUUCUCCCGGCAAAGCUGGCGUCGACCAUGUCAUCGAGGUCGGUGGCCCUGGUACGAUGGCACAGUCUCUAAAAGCCAUCAAACUCGGAGGUGUUAUUUCCGUGAUUGGCUUUCUCGGCGGUGCCGGCCACGAGAAGGAACCAAGCACGCUCGAGGCCCUCACCGCCGGCUGCAUCAUUCGCGGCGUCUUGAUUGGAUCGAAGGCGCAGCUGGUGGCCAUGAACCGUGCCAUCGAUGCCAACAACAUCCACCCGGUUGUAGAUGAGAAGAUCUUCAGUCUGGACAAUGCGCUCGAUGCGUUCGAGUAUCAGUGGCAGCAGAAGAACUUCGGAAAGGUGGUGAUACAGCUAGCCGGACCGGUUCUAGGAGAGAAGGAGGGAUGA